AAAUGAACGGUCCAAAUGAUAACAGGCGAGUCUCGGUUUACAAUCUCACGCGAAAUUCUGCGGGAGAUUUUAAUCAGUUUGCGCAUGCGCACUGCAGGCGCCGGGAUUGUUUGUGUUGUGGUCCUGGGGAAAUGGACUGGACGAGCAAACACAUACAGCAACGAGACUUAAACGCUGCUCAGUGACCUUGCCUCGGCCCACGAGAAGACAAAGCCAUGGGGAACACGAGCAGUGAGAGGGCUGCGAUGGGCCAUGGCGAGAAGGCUCACCGGAGGGACAGCCGAGGAAUGAAGGAGGGAGAGAGGCCAAAGAUCCUGAUGGACAGUCCCGAAGAUGCUGAUAUAUUUCAUGGUGAAGAUAUGAAAGCUCCUUUAGAGAAAGAUGAGUUUCUUGCAUGGCAGCAAGACUUAGAAGCAGACGAUAAAGUGCCAACUUUAGACCGACCGACCGUCUUUCGCUGGAUUGGAGAUGGUAAGGAGGUCUACCUCUCUGGAUCCUUCAACAACUGGGCCAACAAGAUUCCCCUUACUCGAAGUCAGAACACCUUUGUGGCCAUCGUGGAUCUGCCUGAGGGGGAGCAUCAGUACAAGUUUUAUGUGGACGGCCAGUGGACCCAUGACCCAGCUGAGCCGGUCACCACCAGUCAGCUCGGCACCGUCAACAACAUCAUCCAGGUGAAGAAAACCGACUUUGAGGUGUUUGAUGCUCUGAUGGUGGACUCGCAGAAAUGCUCUGACAUGUCAGACCUCUCCAGUUCUCCUCCUGGACCUUAUCAUCAGGACGCCUAUGUUCCGAAACAGGAGGAGAAGUUUAAGUCUCCACCCAUACUCCCGCCACAUUUGCUGCAGGUCAUCCUCAACAAAGACACCGGGAUUUCUUGUGACCCUGCUUUACUCCCAGAACCCAACCAUGUCAUGCUCAACCACCUCUACGCUCUCUCCAUUAAGGACGGCGUGAUGGUGCUCAGUGCGACACAUCGCUACAAGAAGAAGUAUGUCACCACUUUGCUGUACAAGCCUAUAUAAGACUUGGCUGAAUUCUGUCCCAGUGUGUUAACUGUACACUGAGUGUACAAAAUAUUAGCUCCGCCUGUUCUCAAAUCAAAUGAAUCCGGACUCGUAUCCGUCAUGAUCCUGGUAAAUCCUCGUCCUGGCUUGAAGAAGUGACUCUGAAUGAGGUCGAUAUAAGAGAUUCAAGGUUCAAUGUUCAAAAUCAUAAUUUUCAGCCCUUCGAAGCUCUUAAUCCAAGUUUAUAUUCUUCUUAAAAAUAAAACAAAUGUUGCCGACUUAGAUUAAAGAACACAUAUAGACUUUAUUUUUGAAUGCGGAACUAACUAAGGCUCCGACGAUGUCGUCCAAACACAUGUCAAAAAGGAGGAAACUACAGAGAGAGAGAACAUUUAAUGACACAUUGAGUGGAAACGCACAGUUCUGACGCGAUAUCUUGUACACUCACUGUUUGCUCUGCUGUUGUAUACGUACGUACUUGCUCAGUUCCUCGUGUUCUUCAUCCUCUGCUUUUACGCCUGCACUGACUGCUCUCUGUAGUAAGCAGUAGUUUAUAUUAUUAUAAUAACAAUAAUAAUAGGUAAUAAGCUCAGUAGACAUAGCGUGGCAUUACUGAGCAGGUAGGACACUGUGUAUAGACAUAUUAAAACACUCCCACACACACAGUGCUGGGAGAAUGGACUGACAGACCUCAGCUGAAUGUUUCCACGAUCGAGAAUGUGAAUCGCAGAAGGAAAAAACUGCAUUAGUUCUGUCACUGUUUUCUAUUUAACUGGUUCAUCUUUACCUAGUUAAGCAGAUGACUCUAUUUAUUAUCAUGUGUGAAGAAUCUUUAGUUUUUUUUUAUUUCUUUCUACUCUGGUUCAUAGUGUGGUUUGUUUUGUCGCCAAAACGUCUCGUCAUGGUAUUCUAGUUACAGUGUUGUGGUUGUUUCCAUUUCAGUUGCUAGCUGUCUUAGCAAAAAAAAAUGUAGGACUGAGGCCGGAGAUAAUAGCUACUAUAAUAAUAGUUUAAAAUAAAAAGUGAAAAAUAUACGGCCUAGACGUGCGUCAGACUGUCUAAAGCAAUUACUGCUUGAUCCAGCAGAGGGCGCCGUGAGUGACAGCCCUCAGAUGUGAGACUUCCCUACAGACAAAAUUAAUUAAUCACAUUUUUGUCUCUAGCGUUUGGAGGCCACCGUAGUUCCCUGACCAUGCUUUAUUAUAUAUUUGCAGUUUCACCAUUAGAUGUCACUAAUGCUCACGCACUGUACCUGCGCAAUACUGUCAUAAACAGUAGGGGCAGCGUUGAGGUGGCAUUAACGUUUCUAGGAGGGCCUCACACAUGGUUCAUGACAGAUACCACUGUUUGUGUGUUUGUUUUUUUAUUGUUUGAGUCAUUUCUAAACUUAAAUAACACAAGAUUACCUCUUUCAUUUACAUACGGCAAGUUCAUCAUUUUGGUUUUGUGGGGGUGCCCCCUAGUGGAAGAAGUGUUGUGCUUAUUGAGGACUCUUGACCACACAGCAAGUACACUUUGUUAUUUUUAUCAUAAAAUUAUUUUAUCUUUAAAAUAAUUUUUAGUUUUGUACUUUUUUGUUGUUGAAUGUAUACACAGUCGUCGUGUAAAAACAAUUGAAGCGCUCUCAGUUUUGAGCGUCUUAAAUGUGGAGAUGUUCUGGUUUCUUUGCUCCGCGUAACAGAAAUGAUUAGAACUGAAUAUUGAGAACAUCAUCAUUUUGAGGUUUGUCAUCGAUGUGUACACUCCCAUUCCCUACUUUGUCAAAUUAAUAUCAAUUUUUGGUUUAUAAUUGAAUGAAAUGGAUACAUUGCUGAAGGUCUUUUAAAAAGUGACCAAGAUUUGCUUAAAGAACCACAACACUGACAAAGGGACGUCGUAGGAUCAUGUGUUACACAAGAGUUGUGUUUUUUUUUUUUUAAAGUGAAAUCAAUAUAAUUAUUGUUAAAUUAUGCUGUGUAGUGACGAUUAUUACCACAAGCCAAUAUUUAAUGCCAUGAUGUGGUGGCUGUAUCUCUUCUCUGUCACUGCCUCUCAUGUUUUUGUUACAGCUGUUGACAAAAUAAUUGAUUUUUUUUCUUUCUUCAGUUUAUUUUUUUUAUAACUUGCAGCACCAUUAAAAAUGUGAAGUUUGAGCCAUGCUGGUGUGUAUACACUUUUCACUUAAAAAGGUAUUUGUAUUAAAAGUAGAUAUUAUACUACA